AUGAAAUUCGUUGCAUAUAUCCUUUUGUCACUUUUCGUUACCAUUUCUCACGCACAAGUAAGUGAAAAAUACACGAACCGGUACGACGAUUUGAAUAUUGAAGACGUUUUGACCAAUCGACGUUUCUUAGUGUCGUUCAUCAAAUGUGUACUUGAAAUAGGCAAAUGUUCACCCGAAGGUAGAGAACUAAAAUCUCACAUAAGAGAAGCGUUGGCGAAUAACUGCGCUAGGUGCACUGAACCACAGCGUCGCAGUACUCUUCUUGUGAUCGCUCACCUCGUCAACAGCGAACCCGAUUACUGGAAGCAAUUGACAGAAAAGUAUGACCGUGACCACAAGUAUGCCAAGCGUUAUGAAGCUCAAUUAAAUACAUUUAAAAUCUGA